AUGUCUUGGCACAUCUUUGGUGGCAUCUACGGAGCACAACUUGGCAGCUCCUUGCUGCAGCAGCUGCUGGCGCUGCAGCAGCAGCUGCUGGCGCUGCAGCAGCAGCUGCUGGCGCUGCUGCAGCAGCUGUUGGCGCUGCAGCAGCAGCUGCUGGCGCUGCAGCAGCAGCUGCUGGUGCUUCCGCAGCAGCUGCAGGCGCUGCAGCAGCUGCUGCUGUGGCUGCAGCAGCAGCAGCACUGA